UCGUAAAUUUAGUCAAGAUCUGAGGGCAUACUGUACUAAACUGUUGGGUUUCUGUUGAGGAUUGGCCAUGGGAGUUCCCACGAGCGAUUGGAUAUACUGGUGUCGCCUGUGCGCCCGCGACGACGUUGUGUAUAAAGUACGCGAGCGGGACGACGAUCUGGUAAAGAUCAUCAGCAAAUGUUUUGAUGUAGAGAUGACCCUCGAAGAACCGGAACUGGGAAGCAUGUUGUGCGAGGAGUGCUACGCGGUGAUUGGCCAGCUGCUCACCUUCUCGGAAAGCGUUACCAAAGUGCAAGCCAUUUUUGAGCUCCUACGACACUCGGAUCCGCAGGAUAGCCAGGACUUGGACUCACUGCGUCUGGAAUAUGGCCUUCCGCCAGCAUGCAAGCAGGAGCUUGAGUUCCUGGACAUAGACGAUGCGGAUGACAAGAGUUCCUUGGUCGAGGAGCUAACGAUAUCAGAACAUUCCACUUCUCCGUCUCCAGAUUUUGAUGUACAGCCCGUUCGGAGACGAGCUAAUCUCAAACAGUGCAAAUCCGAACCUGAAGUGGCACCCUUAUCUAAUGCAUCAAUACCUGAAAGUCAAACAAAACGCAGUCGCAGGCAACAGAACGUUGUUAAGCAAAAUUCGGAGAUGUACAGUCCAGCCGAUUUGGAUGAUGACGAGUCCAUCCCAGACGAAGAUGAGGCCCUAUCACCGCCGCCUGUGAAACGGAAAAGAGGCAGACCCAAGGGCACAAGCAAGCAGAGAAGGCUGAACGACAGCAAGAAUUUAACUUCCCAAGAACCUAAUGACAAGACAUUCGAAUUGAGCAUGUCGCCCCAAGAGGAUGGCUCCCAUAGUUCGCCUUUUGUCGACUUCACCUGCAAAGCCUGCGACGAGACCUUUAUGUCCUUCAUGGCUCUGCGCAGGCACAAGCACGACAUGCACGGCGGUCCAAAGAGGUUCGUUUGCGACCACUGCGGAAAGGGUUUGAAGACCUUCACAUCGUUGGUGGAGCACCAGCUGGUUCACACGGAUGAGAAGCCCUGUAUAUGCCCCGUGUGCAAUGCUGGUUUUAAGAACAAAGCCAGGCUGAGGGUGCACAGCCAGACACAUGGUGAGCCCAGGUUUGAGUGUAAUAUCUGCGGCAAAAAACUGCAGACUCGGGCAAUUCUUAACAAGCACAAGUAUGUGCACACGGAGGAAAGACGCUUUAAGUGCGAGGUUUGUGGCAGCGGCUGCAAGAACUCCACGGCCUUGAAGAUCCAUCUCCUUGGACACACAGGCCUCAGACCUUAUGUAUGCAAAUACUGUGGGAAGGCGUUCGCCAGCAACACCAACUGCCGCUCCCACAAAUGGAAAAAGCACCCGGAACAGGCGUCCAAGGAGGAUGAAACCGAAUCUUCCCGUAUACCAGUGCCGACAUUGGAGGAACUUCGGGCAAUAACUCGCGAGAUGGCGAAGGUCAAAAAGGAUGAUUAGAGCGUAAACAUUCAAUUGGUAAAUAAAACUUUAUACCAUAGACCCGUAUAAUUGUUUAAUUUCCAGUGCGCAGUAAUGUGUAUCCCCCCAGGAACAUUUAUAUUUACACUUCAUUAAACAAUACUGCCGUUUUUGCAA